AUGUCGCCAGCUCAUGUUUCCUCACCAUUGACACUAUCUACGUCUCAACAGCAACAACCACAAACUCCUUCAACUCCAUCACAUCAUCUAAAUAGUAUUUUGAAUGAAACAGCUAAUUCUAAUGAUUCCUCAACACUAGCAGUUGCAGCCAAUGACAGCAAUAACAGUAAUAACAGUAGCAGUAAUAGUUCAACAAAUAGUAUUGUAAAUAAUCAACCAACGAUGCCAUUACAGAAUACAAUGAGACUCAUAUCCAUGACGCCAGUACGAGUUGAAGAUAUCCAUAGUCUAGGCCCGGUAUCACCUGUCCGGAACCAGCAGCAAAGUAACCAACAACAUAACCAGUCGAUAGAUAAGCAAACAACAGCAGAAGUAAAUAAAAUUGCAACUUCAAAGACAGCAUCACUAUCCAAGCCAAGUAUAAUACAAAGCACACAAUGUCGAAUUUACCCAGACAAGCAUUUACAAGAGCAAGCGCCAUGUAAAUGCCUCGUACCACCAUCGCAUGAUCCAAAAGCAAACAAAGAGAUACAAGAGUUCCAAAUCCCAGAAGCACAACGUUGUCAUAAGGUAAUACAUUAUAGUGCACGUUAA